CAGCAAGGGUGGCGCUGGCGGGUGGGGGAGUGGUGGCGAGAUCGCUGGGGCCGCUGGCAGAACUGGUGGUGGUCGUCGCCACAGAACAACCGCUCGUCACAGCCAACGAGUAGAUCUCCGUCGCCCACUCCAGGACGACCGGCGCCUGCUCCGAAAGCUUCUGGCACACCAUCUGGACAACGACGACGUUCGGACACAUACGGGGGACUGCAUCGAAGAGGGGGCCUCGAUAACUUCGUAGUGCCGCCACCCCCCGCAGCGCUCGCAGAAGCCGGUUGGCCGGUGCGUCAGCACCGCGGAGCGCCUCACCAAGGGACUCACUCGGCAGCAGCAGCUGCGCGUGCGGCCAGAAGGGGUGGAGCUACGCCAGCUGCGCGAUCCUCUGGUUCAGGAGCCCUAACACUGCCAGAUCGAGCACGUUCUCCCGAGGCCAUGCGCAGGGAGAGGCUGAGACUACUAGACCCGACCUACGAUCAAUUCACC